AUGGCGAUGCAAGUGAGAUUCCCGUUUGGGAGUACAGUGAGCGUUUUGGUAACUCACGUGGAGGAGUCUUCAGGAAACUUCUUCGUUCAAAUCAACGAUGAGGCGGGAAAAUUAGAUGCAGUCAUGUCAGAAAUUGAAGAAAACGUGCUCUCAGGGAAAGCUAGACCACCGAACGCUUCAGAAAUUAUGGUUGGCUGUAUUUAUUUGGCGCAAUAUAAAGAAGAUAAUCGAUGGUACCGAUGUCGCAUCUUGCGGGUGAAUCCAGCAGAUCAGCAGUGUGAAGUUUUCUUUUUGGAUUAUGGAAACACAGAUUUCGCGCCUUUAAGUUGUAUAAGAAUCGCAGAAGAGAAGUUUUGUGACUUGCCGCCACAGUGCUUCGAAUGUGAGCUUGAAGGAGUUGAUCUUCGUCGUGAAAGUUUUGACCAAACGUUGACCUGGCUGAACGAAACUAUCUUGGAGCAAGAACUUUAUUGCAAGGCUGUUCAGCUUAAGAAACAGAACGUUUUAGUUACACAACUUUUCUUCGAUGAGAGAGGUACCAAGUCUGUCUUUGAUGAGAUGCAAGGUGGAGGGCUAAGCGCUGCUGCUGCCGUUCCUCUGACGAACGGAGGUAGCACAUUACCUCAACAGCCAAACCUAAGGAGGGAGGUGAAAUACAACACAAUCACUCUCUCUCCUGAUUCAUACAAUGACCUCAGUGUAACUUGGGUGGAUGAUCCAUCACAUUUCUGGUGCCAACUCUUGGGAAACACAGAUGUAUUAGAGAAAUUAAUGGAUGAUCUUGCUGAGGUCUAUGCUAAUCAAGAUCCAGCAGCCUUACCUUUACAGUCAUGCACUGUGGGAUAUCCCUGCUGUGCAAAGUUCUAUGAGGAUGAUUCAUGGUAUAGAGGAAUAAUCACUAAUGUCAGUUCGAUUGCUACUGGACAGAUUGAAGUUAGGUUUGUAGAUUAUGGCAAUACACAACAGACAGAGUUGUCAGAUGUUAGAGAUCUGAAGGACAAUUUUCUCAAGAUUCCAUGUCAAGCUUUGAACUUUGCCAUAGCUGGGGUUGAACCAGACAGUAAGGAUGGAUUGUGGGCUGAUGAAGCCAAAAUGUUGUUUGAGAAGCUGAUUAAAUUUAAACAUGUUGUGGGACUUGUAACCAGUGUAGAGAACAGUGGGAAACAUAGAGUUAAACUCAUAGACACAACCUCAGAUCUUGAUAUGGAACUGAACCAAAUUCUCAUUGCCGCUAACUUUGGGAUUAAGUCAACAGACACACCCCUUGCAACCAUGACAACAGCAACUGCAUCUGCCUUAAUGUCAUCUCAGACAAGUGCAAAAAAAUCAACUCAACCUGUUUUUGCUCAAGAAAAUGUCACAGUUGGGGUAGAGGAGAAAGUUUUGGUCACCAGCAUCAUCAAUCCUUCAAAAUUUUACUGCCAGCUGUUUAAAAAUGGACCCAAAGUUGAGAGCUUGAUGCAGGAUAUAAAUCACCACUAUACGAGACUUGGAGCAAAUGAAGAACUUCUGUCAUCACCAUCUCCUGGCGAUCCAUGCUGUGCCCAGUUUUCAGAAGAUGGUUGUUGGUACCGUGGUUUGGUUUUGGGAACUCAGUCAAAGGGUAUCACUGUUCAGUAUGUUGACUAUGGAAACUCUGAAACACUACCAAUCACCAAGAUUAAGAAACUCAUUCCUAAGUUCUCUGACCUACCACAACAAGGUAUUGAAUGCUCCUUGAACAGAAUCAAGCCCAAGUUUGUUUCUAGAGACCUGAAGUGGAGACAGCAGGACUCUCAAAAAUUUGUUGAUUUGGCUUUGGAGAAAGAGGGCAUGCUUGUGGCUGUAACUCAGGACAGUAGAGGCAUCUGUCGAGUUGAACUUCGUGUAAGAAACAGAAGGGAAGAUCAGAAUAUUAGUGAUCAGCUGGUCCUUAGUGGAAAUGCAGAGCUUGCAGAAGGGGCAUUACCUACUUCUGAAAAUUGGAAUGAUCUCAAAUCACAAACAAUUCCUGCACCAGAUCUGAAAGUUGGCCAUUUUGAAGAUGUAAUUGUCAGUUACAUUGAAAAUCCAUGCAACUUUUGGUGUCAGCUACAGAAAUCUGUGACAGAGCUUGAGUCAUUAAUGAGAGAAAUCUCUGAAGUCUAUGGUUCUGGAGGACAAAGAAAUGCUAUCUCUAAACCAGUUUGUGGUAAGAUUAACUAAAUUAUCAUGUAUACUUGUUUUAAUAGUAAGAAUAAAUUUCUGGUCAAAAUGGUCUGAAUCAAGUUUGAUUGGUAAUUCUGUUUGUUCCAGGUACAUUUUUGUGAUCCCUAAACAAACUAGUUUGAAUUAAGGGUAAUGUAGUUUUAUCAGAGAGGUUAUGACGUAAAUUGGCCAUAGUAGAGAGAUUCAAAGCUGAUGUUUAAGUGUUUUUCCUUUGUCAGAGCAAAAAAGGGCUAGCACUCGAAACAUCGGCUUUGAAACUUUCUAUGGUGGACAAUUCACAUUGUCAACUUGUUGGUGAUACCAAAUUACCCUGCUGUACUCUCCCACCAAUGCAGCACCACAGUUUCUUUAGAAACUCACCCCCUUCAUUAUAGUGUGAAUUUGUCUUGACCUCGUAAAAUUUUUAACUCUAUGACACAUAUUUACUCAAAAACUGUUAAACUUUGUAGUAACACAAAUAUUUACAAUGUUUUGGUUUUUUGGGGCUAGGUUAGAAAAGGGAUGUUCUAAUGCCAAUUUCUUUUUGAUCAGUAUUUAACCAAGUGUCAAAAGUAGUGGGAGAUUGCUUUACUAUUGCUUUACUUUUGCUUUACUUUUGCUUUACUUUUGCUUUACUUUUUGAUGUGACUGGUUGUGAAAAUUUGACCCUCUUUCUCAACCAAUCAUUUUCAUGAAUUUGGUUUAUGAUUGUGGAAUAUAUAAGAAAGGUAAAAAUAAUAAUUACUUAUCACUGAGAUGUAUAGAGCUGAAGAACUAGGAAUUGUUUUUUUUUUUUUAUUUUUUAAUUUGUUUUUCUUGAUGUACAUGCAGAUAUGCUUUGUUGUGCCCAGUUUUCUGAGGAUAAUAAGUGGUACCGAGGUAAAAUCACUGGCAUUGAGAAAGGAGGCCAAGUUGAAGUCCAUUUUGUUGAUUAUGGAAACUUUGAAAACCUACCACUUAGCCGAGUGAAGAAGCUGCAAACUGAGUUCUUGAAACUUCCAACACAAGCUGUGAAGUGUGCAUUGGCUAAAAUCAGUCCCUCUCAUCAGGACUUACUCUCUGAUGAUGUCAUGAACAGAUUUGAAGAGUUGACAUUGGAUAAAGAACUUGUUAUGAUGGCUGACAAGUAUGAUGAAGUGAGAGGUAUAUUUCUGGUAGUUCUACUUGAUACUACGGAAGGGAAGAACUUUGACAUUGGUAAUGAUCUUCAAACUAUUAUGGCUCCAAGCUCAACCCGUGAAGAAGCUCACAUUACUGCUCUACAGGUUCAACCAGGUACUACAGAACGUGUGUUUGUCUCUUCAGCAUCAAGCCCAACAAAAUUCUUCUGUCAGUUAUUAAAAUCUUCUGAGUCAUUAGAUGUACUGAUGAAUGAGAUGUUUGAGCAUUAUAACAAUCUGGGUGCCCAACAGGAAAACAUGUUGAAGCCAUCAGUUGGAGAGUUUUGUGCAGCUAAGUUUACCCUAGAUGAUGGUUGGUACCGUGCCAAGGUCUUAGAUGUCCAAGGAAGUAAUGUUUCAGUCCUUUACAUUGACCAUGGAAACUCUGAAACUCUGUCAUUAUCGCGACUCAAGUUGUUGAACUCAAAGUUUCAUCACCUUGCUGUUCAAGCGAUUGAAUGCACACUAUCUGGGACUUUAAGGGAGUCUUCUGAUCAAACAUUUUUGGAAUUUGUAUCAGAGAAAGAGUUUACUGCAAGAAUCUUGAAUGUCAGGAGUGGAGUGGCAGAGGUUGAUCUGAUUUCAAAGGACACCAAUCAGUCUGUCAGCAGCAUUUUAAUCAACUCAAGUCCAACAUCUCCUUCAUCUGGUAUUUCUCAGGUGCAGUGGAAACCUGGAGAUACAGUUCAUGUAGUGAUCCCUUAUGCUGAAAGCACUAAGAAGUUUUUUUGCCAUAGUACAGCACACUCACCAGAACUAGAUGACCUCAUGAACAAACUAGAAGAAUGCUACAGUUCCAGUGUGGAGAACAUUUCUUCUCUAAAUGUGGACUCUGUAUGUGUGGCAUGGUAUGAUGGUUGGUACAGGGCAAAAGCGAAGCAAACUCAAGGAAGGGAUGUCACUGUCAACUUCAUAGAUUAUGGAGAUAAUGCAACAAUCUCGCUUGACAAUAUUCGAACAAUCAAGCCUGAAUUUUCCUCUCUACCAGCACAAGCCAUACAAUGCUGUUUGAGAGGUUCCUCAGCCAAUCAGGAGCCUGAGAAUUUCAAGGAGCUGGUUGUUGAACAAGAGUUUAAGGCACAGGUUAUGAGUGAAAAAGGCAACAGUGGUUAUGAAGUUAUCCUAGUGCCUUUAGAUGGCUCAGCACCACUAGGCCAACCACUUUCUAAAGAACCACAGUCAUCAGCCUCUCUAACCUUGAAUGUGACAAACCUCCAGCUGAAACACGGUGACAAAGUAGAUGUUUUCAUCCCAUUUGUAGUCAGUGCCCAGAAGUUCUAUUGCCAACUUUCUAAAAAUGAAACUGAUCUAAUUGAGCUCAUGACCAAGUUGGAAGAGCAUUACAAUUCAAAUCAAGAGAACUUAAAUUCAAUUGGUGUUGGUGCUUUCUGUGUGGCUCGUUAUGAGGAUGGUGGCUGGUACCGCGCUCAAGUCUCUCAGGUUCAAGGGAACAGUGUGGAAGUAUUUUACAUUGAUUAUGGUGAUUCUGCAACCAUCCCACUUACCAGUGUAAGAUCCCUGAAGCCACAAUUCUCACUGCUACCAGCCCAAGCUGUGAGCUGUUGUUUGAAAGGGUUUUCUGCACAGCAUGAAUCUGAGAACUUUAAAGACCUUAUUAAUGAACAGCAGUUUAAAGCCCAGGUGACAAGAGUGAAAUCAGAGAACACUUAUGAGGUAGAAUUGAUGUCUGAAGAUGGAACUACCCUCUUUACCAAUGCAACAAUGUCUGAUGAAAUGGAAACUUCUGAACCAUCUGCAAGAGUGAGUAGCAUUCAGCUGAAUCCUGGAGAGAAAGUUAAUGUUUUUAUUCCAUUUGUGGACUGUGCACAAAAGUUCUUUUGUCAACUCUCCCAAAACUCAAGCAACCUGGAUGACCUUAUGAUAAAGCUGGAAGAACAUUACAGUUCAAAUCAGGAGAACCUGUCUUCAAUCAGUGUUGGUUCUUUCUGUGUGGCUCACUAUGAAGAUGGUGGCUGGUACAGAGCACAAGUCACCAAAACUCAAGGGAACAGCGUAGAAGUUUUUUACAUCGAUUAUGGUGAUGCUGCCACUGUUCCUUUAACAAGUGUACGACCACUGAAGACAGAAUUUGCAUCAUUACCAGCCCAAGCGGUUAGCUGCUUUUUGAAAGGCUACACUGCAAAUCAAGAGCCAGAAAACUUCAAAGCCUUAGUUAUUGAACAAGAGUUUAAACUUCAAGUACAUGGCAGCCAUGAUCCUGGUGUCUAUGAGGUUGAGUUGUUCUCUGAAGAUGGAUCAAAACUGUUUGCUGGAUCACCUUGUAGUAAAACUGAGAAAGGUAUUGUGUUUCUGCUGUGGUAGUCCUAAAAAACUAUAAUAGGUAACUCUCACAAAUCUUAAAUGCACUUAUAAGUAAUUUAUACAUACAUACAUACAUAUAUAUACAUAUAUAUAUAUAUAUAUAUAUAUAUAUAUAUAUAUAUAUAUAUAUAUAUAUAUAUAUAUAUUUAUAUAUAUAUAUUUAUAUAUAUACUGUUCAACAAUGAAGAAACAUAAAGUAUACACACUGUAUGGAAGAAGUUAAGGAGAAAAUAAGCAUUGGUUGGCCUCUUUUCUUACCGCCGCCUGUGUUGUCUUGACUGCAGGAGGUUAUUUAAGGGGAGGCAGAUUAAUUGGAUGCCAGUUUGCCCACCGGGGUUGUCCUUAAAUACUGUGGACAAACCUGGGAAAUGGAAUCCAACAGAAGUCUGUAAAACUCAACAGUCAUUAUGUCGUUCAGCUGCUAGUUAUUUUAGGAUGUCACAAUACCUACUAGGUGUCACUUGACAGUCUAUCAAAUUGGCGUUCAGUGCUUGAUACUCAAUGCUUGAUACUCGAUAUCUGUAAGUUCAAGCUUUCUUAAGCUCCUUUUAAACUGUAGCAGAAAUGUAGCUUACCAUGGCAAAUUAAUUUGCUCUACAUAGCAAAACAUCUAUACCAAUGUUAUGUGUCAAUAGUUUAAUACUGUUAUGUUUGUAUUUUUUAAGGCUCUGAACCUCAAGUGGAGAUUAAAGUAGACUCGUUUGUAGAGCUGUGCCCCACUGAAUGUGUCAGUCCACAUCUGUUCUACUGCCAGAUUGCAACAGCAGAUCACAAAGAGAUACUGUCAAAACUGAUGGAUGAACUUCAAGAAACUUUUGUUGAUGGUUGGCAAGAACAAAGCUUAGAAAGUCCUGCAGUUGGAAUGAAUUGUACAGCACUUUUUCCAGGUUUGUAAUGUUAGACCAUUAUAUCUGCAACUUGACAUUGAAAUUGCAAGCAUAUUAACUGGACUGUAAAUGUGUCUUGGAUUCCUACUUUUGGAACUAUGAAUAACUGCUUUAUCUCAUUUCUGUACCUGAGCAAUACCAGUCUAAUAAUGGAUCUAAUCUAAUGGAUCAGUGGUUAGAUAUAGACAGUUCUCUGAUUGAAGUGAUAUCACAUCUCAGUAGUUAGCAAGGAAAAUAUUGCAAUGCAGGUUUUCAGAUACAUUUGGUGGAUAACACUUGUUCCAUGUUAUACUAACCAGGGCCAGGAUUAGAUGUGAAAUUUUAGAGUGGAGACCACGCAUUGCGUUUUUUGUAGCAACCCUACUGUUUGUUUAAACAUUUGGAAUAUGGUGUUAUUAUUUUGCUCAUUUUUUAUGAAUCCAUAACUGGACUGAUUGGCAACUUUGUAUUUUUUCUUAAAAAAGUGGUUGUUUGUCAGAAAGGGUAGUUAUGAGUCGAUUUGGUUCAGGAGUGCAGGUUUAGAGAAGUUGUCAACUCAUCUCCUUUUAACUCUUCACACCCAAACAUCAGUAUCUAUAUUCUCCAUACUCUUCCCUGCAUAUUUCCUUUGGUGCUGUCAAGGAGAAAUUGUUUAACAAUCAAAGCCUCUUAGGUUGGUAAUCAUCUCCUUUAUUCCAGUGAUCUUUAUGAAUGAUUCAGCAGUAUUACUGUAUGGAGAAAUUAGUUGUUGGUCACUUUUAGGGUAAAAAGGGUUUGAUAUGAAUAAACAUUAUUUGUAGAAACUGACACAAUCUUACCUCUUCAUACAUUUACUUCCUUUAGAUGAUGACUUGUGGUACAGAGGAAGAAUUACUAAUAUUGCAGAUGAUCAGUCUGUUGAGGUGUUCUAUAUAGACUUCGGCAACAGUGCAACACUUCCUUUGAGCAAAGUGAGGACAGUGAAAGAGGAGUUGUCACAAAUUCCUGCUCAAGCCAUCCAGUGUAGUUUAUCAUCCAUCUCCCCUGUCAGUGGUACAGAGUGGCCGCAUGCCUCUGUUGAAAGGUUUAGCAGCCUUGUAAUGCAAAAGCAAUUGGUUGGAAAAGUGAUCAAAAAAGGUUAGACAGCUGGCAAAGAAAGUCUUUGACAUACAGACACAACAUUUCCACAACCAAAUACAAUUUUUUAGGGUGCUAGUGUUGGAAUCUCUGAUAGUGUUUUGGUGUUACUGAGCUAAUGGAAAUUUACUACCAAUUAUGGUUAUUGCUAAUGUACUUUGCUUGGAUAAAUUUAGGUAAAGUCAAAGCUCCCAGAGAGGAUUAUGGGGAUUUUAAAUAAUAUUACUUGAAAACUCUAUAUACUUUUUGAAAAGAUUUCAGAGUUAUACACAUAAUUUAAGCACUAUACAACAAAUCCGUACAUGUAUAGAAGAAAGAUGCCAUAUAAACAAAGCAGAUUCUUCAGCCAACUCUAAAACUUUUUACACUUUUUAAAGAAAUUUCAGAGCUAUUUAUUCAGCCCUGGUUAGCUAUUGAUAGCAGGAUAGUCUACUUUUAGGCUUCUGACAGCACUACCCUGAGUUUUACUUUUGGUUAUUUUAAAAGAAAUGUACCCCGUCUCUCAAACCCAUGUAUGGGUAAACAAAAUAGAUUCUUCAGCUAACUUUUUGUAACAUAGAUAGACUUGAGUGAAAUCAAUAGAUCUUUCCAAUACCAAAGCAUUUAGUAUUAUUUAACCGGUUUUUCUAAUAUGAAAGAUAUUUUCCAGUUAGAUUACCUCCAUAGCUUCAAUGUUCCUCCUUUAAAUCAAUACAGGAAGUGAGGAAGGUCUGGAAAUGGAAUUGUUUGACACAAGUCACCAGUCAGUUGACAUUAACAUAGGCGACCUGCUGGUUAAUGAAGGAUUAGCUACCCAUUCUACCACCAAACCUGCUCUAGCAGCUCAAGGAGUGACGGGAAGCGAGGAAUUUACCAAACCUGUGGUAAAUUGUGGUGAAAUGUAUGAUGUUGCCAUUUCCCACCAGUCCUCCCCUGGAAAGUUUUACUGUCAACUGGAGAAUAUGAAAGAUCAACUUGAUGGGAGUAAGUAUUUGCUAAAUGCUCGAUAUGCACAUAAGAUGGUUUGAUAAUUUCGUAGUAUUAAGCUAGUGUUAUUAUUGAUGUUGUUUGUCUUCACCAGCUUUCAAAAUACUGAUAAUACUAGCUUUGUAUGGGGCAUGGAAAACCUGUAAAGUCAUAGUAUUUUAUCAUAUCCCAGGCCUGGAAAGUCAUGGAGUUUGAUUGUACAUUAUGUAAAGUCCUGGAAAUUGGCUUAAGAUCAUUUUUCUAACAACAGUAAAGCAGGAAAUAUUGAGCUUGGUUACCAUUACUUUUCACAUUAUUUUGAAACUAAUGUCUGGAUAGAAUGCAAUGGAAAACAUCAAAGAAGUCCUGGGAAAGAUCAAGAAAAGUUAAGGAAUUCUAUAGGCAUAAGAGAUAAUAAGCUUUGAAAUUCUCACUUUGUAGUUCUCAUUAAUCUUCCCUGUUUCUUACAGUGAUGAUUGACCUGAAUGAUUACUACUUCCAAUUGGCUGAAACAGAGGGCUGUCUUGUCUCACCAAUAGUUGGACAGCCGUGUGUAGCACUUUACGAGGAUUCAUGGUACAGAGCAAAAGUGCAGAAGAUCUCUGUGAAUGAUAUCACUGUUCAUUACGUCGACUACGGGAAUGAUGAGACAUUGAAGCCAUCCAGUGUAAAGCAGAUGUCCCCCUUGUUCAUGAAGACAUGUGAAGUUGCUAUUGAAUGUUCGUUAGAUCUGAACAGGAGUGAGUGGCCAGAGGAAGCCAUUGCACUAUUUGAAAGACUGAGUACUAAAGACGAGCAAUUGAUCAUAAAGAUUCUUGGCUCUGAUAGUGGACGAUAUCAAGUAAAGUUGUUUGAUAAAAAUGCUCAUUGUUUAAGUGAAGAAGUACUCCAUGUGAUCUCAGGAGCAGGUAUUAAUUUUAAUUUCUCACAAUAAUAAACUUAGCUUUGUGAUGUACAUGUAAGCCCUCACGCCUUGAAGAUACGAAUUACUAAAAAUGUUUGACUCUGAUGUCAAUCCUUUUCAUGUUUUGUGGGAAUUGUUAUCCCUUAAAUUUCCAUACAGUGAAAACAAUUCUCUUGUUACCUAACAAGUGACAAUAAUCAACAAACUUGUUUGCUGGUGUUUUAUCUUGAUUUUAGUUCUCUCUUGCUUACAUAUAAAUUAAAGGUGGGUGCUGGGGUCACCCAGGGGCAAAAAUUGUCAAUAGAGUAGAGAAAGGCUUGAAAGUGACUACUACCACACUACUUUGGAAGUCGUGAAACUGUUAAGUGUGAAAUUCCGUUGUUUCCUUGAGGAAUUUAUGUUGUGGCAGGCAUUCACAUGACAGAGGGUGGACAUCCUGGUAGACGUGAAGCAAAAACCAUGUGUGCUUAUGAGUUGAGCAAUGCCAGUCAUAACAGUUGUUAUGUUGUGUUUAAUCAGUGAAGAAUACAUGGGUAAAACCGUAAACUGUGUGAACAUUCUGUGUAACAAACACCAAAAAUGCAUUAAGGCCCCUGAGGACUGCUAGAAGACAAUUUCUUCAAUAAGAAGCCUGAAACUCUAAAAGAUAACUGCUGCAAAACUGUUCAGGUUUGCUGGAUGACAAUCGCUGCUAUAAGACAGCCGUUAAAAGUUUGGAGAUAAUCAUUUGAAGAACAUUAAGGAUUGCUCUGAAACAAUUCCUGUGAAAGUGCUCAAGACUGCUAAACUGCUUGAGAACUCAAUGGAUGUUUCUGUAACAAAGUUGCAACAUUUUAAGUGAGCCUGUACUCAUGAAAAAGGUGGCUCACUGAAAAAGCCUACUGAGCUGGAAGAGUUUAACUUAGUUGAAUUGUCAUCUAAAUAAAUAUAAAAAAAACGUCUCUGCCUCAUACAAUGAAAUUUUUUUAGAAAUUAGGGAGGAGAAUUGGGAGUUUAGGGGUAGAAGAUAACAGCUCUAAAUACAGGAUGUGUGGCAUACAGAUGUAGAUUCAAUUUUUUUUUUUUUUUUUUAAACCCUAGCACAAGAAACCCAAAGAGAAACAAGAAACUUUGAACAGCUGCCCUUUCAACCUGGUGAUGUGAAGAAUGCCUAUGUUGUUCACAUUGAAAGCCCAAAUGAUUUCUACAUCCAGUUGUCAGAAACCUACCCUGAGCUUGAACAGAUGAUGGCAAAGAUUGCUGAAGUGUACUCUGGCCUUGCUGAUGAUUUGAGUCCUGGGGAUCUUGUUGUGGGCCAUCCUGUUUGUGCCCAGUUUGCAGAAGAUGGUGGCUGGUAUAGAGCAAUAAUACAUAGUAUGCCAUCAGACCAUAAAGUUGAAGUACAUUACAUUGAUUAUGGCAAUAGUGAUGUGAUUCCUUUGACAGAUCUCCGUCAGCUUAGCAGCAGGUUUUUCAGCCUUCCUAUGCAGGCAAUUCAUUGCUGUCUUGAUCUUCCAAGAGUAGAGUCUUUCAAGGAGAAUGUAGAAGAGAAGGAGCUCAAGGUGAAAUUUCUUUCAACAGAAAGGGGAAAAUGGAAGGUUAGCUUAUAUGAUGACAAUGGAAUUAUUGGCAGCUCAGAUGAAGCACUUUUUGCGGCGGCAUCAGAAUUUUUGGAUGACAUAUUUGAGAAGAGAGAAUUUCUACAACCUCAAAUUACUCAAGAGAUGAAGCAGAAUGUGUAUGUUAGUCACAUAGUGAGCCCAGAUGAAUUCUAUGUGCAGUUUGCUACUGGAUUGGAUGAAUUGACAUAUUUGAGUGAAGAGAUGAAUCAAUUCUACUCCUUCUUGCACCCAUCAAAAAAUGAGCUGAAGAAACCAACUAAAGGAAUGUCUUGUUGUGCAAAAUUCAGCCAGGAUCAUGGCUGGUACAGAGGUACAGUAAAAGGAGUAGCUCUGCAUGGGGUAGAGGUUGAGUUUGUAGACUAUGGAAACAGCGAAUUUGUGAACCCCAUUGAUGUAAAAGAUGUGGAGAAAGCAUUCAUGCAGUUACCUCAACAAGCUGUCUUGUGUGCGCUUGAUGUUACCAAGGACCAAUGGUCAACUGAAGAAAUAAACAUAUUUAUGUCGGUGGCUCUUGACAAGACCUUUGAAGCUAAGUUCAUUACUCGAGAUGGACUGAAAUGGAGGGUAUCUUUACAAAGUGGUGGAACAUCUGUUGUAGACAUGUUCAUAAACAACAGUGAUGCAGAUGCUCUAAAAACUAAAAGUGUGAGUGUUCCAGAUGUGCAAAUUGAGACUUUCCUUCCAAUGAAACUUUCACCAGGCCAAAUGGAAGAAGUUUAUGUCAGCCACUUAACAGAAUCUGGGGAUUUUUAUGUUCAGUUGUCUAAAACAUUGUCAGAUCUAACCCUUAUUGGAGAUAAAAUGAGGGAAAUUUAUGAUCAGCCAAGCCCCACUGCAGAAGCUAUGGAGGUAUGCUUCGUUGAUUCACUAUGCUGUGCUCAAUACAGUGAAGAUUCUCAGUGGUAUAGAGCUUGCAUCACAAAAGUAGUUUCUGAUGCUAAAGUGGAAGUCCACUUUGUUGAUUAUGGAAACACAGACACCCUUCCAGUGGCAGCCAUAAAACAGCUCAGACCUGAUCUCCUUAACUUUCCUGUACAAGCAAUCAAAUGUCGACUUGAGGGAUCCAAAGAUGUUUGGACAGAGAGGGAUGUGGAACAGUUUAGAGCUAAUAUUUUGGAGAGGCCUUUACAUGUGACAUUUACCAGGAAAGAAGAGGAAACUUGGUGUGUGACAAUCCAAGAGCUUGACGUGUUUUCCCCUAAAGCAAAAUUAGCAUUGAAAGAGAGGUAUACCAAGGAAACCUUUGGUGUUGACAAACGUGAGGAAGCAUAUUUCCUUUUUGCUGAUUCUCCUGACUGCUUCUGGCUUCAGCCUGUGAGAACUGGAAAUGCUUUGGGAGAACUGAUGGAACAGAUCAGCACUCUAUCCAAUAAGGUAUUAGAGAGAUCCCAACUUCAAGUGGGACUGCCUUGUCUUGGUAAAUAUACAGAGAAUGAUAUGUGGCAUCGCGCUGAAAUCCUCCAGGUGCAGGAUGAUGCUAGUAUAACCCUAUCCUAUGUAGAUUAUGGUAAUAGUGAGAUCAUUCCGCUGGACAGGCUGCAACCAAUUAGUGAAACUCAUCUGAAACUUCCAGCUCAGGGUAUUUGUUGUCACCUAGCAGAAGUACAAGGUGUUGAUCCAGACAGGAUCACAGAAUACCUGAAUGAGCAACUCUUAGAAAAGGUGGUCGAAGUUGAAGUUCAGAAACAACAUCCAGAUAAUUCCUAUACAGUAAAGCUGUUCAAUCCUGGAGAGUCACUGUCUCUUAAUGAGCAGAUAGUCAGAGAAUGCCUUGGUGAUACAUCCCUAUUUGAAGAGAGGAUGUUUGAACAUUCCUCUCCACAAAAACUUGAUGCAACUGAAGAGAGGAAAACUUUUACAUUACCAGACCUACAGUCAGGUAGCAAAGUACCAGUGAGUUUGGUCUCGGCAUUUCUGCCAGCAGAGAUGCAGCUGCUGUUAACCGAGAGGAUUGAUGAACGAGACCAGAUGACGAGAGAGAUAACAUCUAUGUAUCAAGCCCUUGAUGAAAAUGAACUUACACUUGAAAAUCCAGUGGUUGGAAUGUUGUGCUGUGUACCCUUUUCAGAUAAGUGGUUCAGAGGUGAAGUUAUUAGUACUUCUGCAGAUGAUACUGCCACUGUGAAGCUUGUUGAUUGUGGAACUAAUGAGAAAAUACCUAUUUCUGCCUUGAAAUUGCUUAAGGAUGAGUUUGUGAAAAUGCCGGUUUUUGUUGUGGAAAGCAGUUUAGCAAAUGUGAAGCCAAGCUCUGAUGAUGGUCAGUGGUCACCAGAGUGUUCUAUUGCAUUGGAAUCCCUUUGUUGCUCCAAAACAUUGGUAGCUGAGAUCACACAAGUAUUUGGAGAAAUGAUGGAAGUGAUUUUGAAUGAUGAGAGUGGAAAACAAAUUAAUCAAAGUCUUGUAGAUUUAGGGUAUGCAAAGUCGUGUGAGAUCCAGGAUGAUUUCUUGGGAGAACAGCCUGGGUUAAAGUGGCAAAAACUGGAGGUUGGUGCAAGCCUUGAUGUGUAUUUGAUGUCAGUGAAAGAGUUGGACUCCAUUCAGUUACAAAUGGUUGACCCUGAUGAAGGUUUAGCAAAAAUGAUGGAUCAACUGAUGGCAGUAUAUUCUAAUUUGGGUGAAACAGAAGAAGUCAUUGGGAACCCCAGGGUGGGGCAAGUUUGCUGUGCCCAAUAUUCUGAAGAUUUAAAUUGGUACAGAGCAGUCAUUACUCGUGUGAGUCCAGAAGGAGUUGAAGUCAAGUUUGUAGAUUAUGGUAACAGUGAUAUUGCUGUGAUGAUCAAGCAACUUCAGGAUGAGUUUUUCUUGCUUCCUGUUCAGUGUAUUGAUUGCUGUCUCCAUGGCAUUUUGUCAGCCUCUGAGCCCACUAAUGAAGACAUUGCAUUAAAAUUAAUGGAAUUAUACGAAUCUAAAGAACUGAAAGCUGAAAUUGUCAAUGUUUCUGGUGACUCUGUGGGUGUCAAUUUGUUUGAUGAAUCUGGAUUGUCUGUUGCUGACGCUCUUGUAAAACUUGGACUUGCAUUGUCUCAAGCAACUCAGCUAGAAAAAGCAAGAAAGAUUUCAAUCUCAGAAGAUGGCAAAAUAGUUUACAAUUACCCAGAAUCUGGAGAGUGCCUUCAUAAUGUGAGUCUGGUGUCAAUAAAGUCACCAAGUAACUUCUGGUGUGAGCUGACUGAUUUCAGAUCUGAGCUCAAGUCCUUAUCGGAAAAGAUUGAGGCUUUUUACCAGUCAUUAGGUGAAAACGACUUGAGGGUUUUGUGCCUUCAAGUUGGAGACACAUGCUGUGCUCAAUUCACUGACAACAACAAGUGGUGUCGUUCUCAAGUGACUGAAGUCCUUUCAGAUGGCCAAGUCUGUGUGUGCUCAGUAGACCAUGCCAAACAAGAAACCCUGACAAUAAACAGAAUCAAGAAACUUGAGGCAAAAUUUGCUGUUCUUCCUGUGCAGGCUUUGUAUUGUAGUAUUCAAAGUAUUGAGCCUCCUCAUAAAUACUAUGAUGAAGACUGGAGUAGUGAUGCAGUUGAAAGAUUUCAAGAACUUUGUCAGGGAGAAGAUAUGAAAAUUAAGAUCAAAGAGCAAGAUGGUAGUGUUACUCUCGUUGAGCUAAUGAACUCUGCUGGUUUAUCUAUAGGCAGUCAGCUUUUGUCUGAGGGAUUAGCUGAGGCUAGAUCUCCCCUGGUGGAAAGUCCUAUGAGAGAUUCUCCUAAUUUGUCAGCUGAACAAAUGAAAGAAUCUGACCAGGAAAGUUCUGAAGAGAAUGCCUUUGAGGAUGCUGAAUCUGACCUUGAUGUAGUGGAAAAGUUAGCCAAUGUUCAUGCAGAUAGUGAGGAAGCAAAAGGAGAAAAAGAAGAUGAAUUUCAAGACAGUAGUGAUCAUGUUGUGGAAGACACUUCUAGAGAAAAUUUUGAAGGAGAAGCAGGUCUAGUUCAGGAAGAGGCACCUUUAGAAGCAACUGUAGAACAACUUUUAAAAGAUGAAGGAAAGGAAGGAGAGGAAAAAUUAGAAUCAGCUAUUCCAGAAGAAGCUUUUGAGGGAAAAUCAAAGAAGAGUUUAAGCCCUGAAAGUGUAGAGGGUUUAGAAAAGGUUGACAAAGAAGUUGCACAUGAUACAGCAGUCAAGAUGGAAGGCAGUGAAACUGAUGAACACUUGCAAGUAGUCCUUGAAGGGGUAGAUAAGAAACAGACCAAGGCACCAGUAGGGGAAGAAACAAGUGAUUCGAACAGUGCAGAUGCUAAUGGAGAUUUUGGAGAUCCAGUUCAAAAUGAGUUUGGGGAACCAGAGAUGGUUAGAGAUCAAGGUACUUAUGAGGUACAUGAAGAUGAGGUUGAAACAGGAGUGGAGCAUGGGCAAGAGUCAGCUCAGGAAGUUUUGACAGAAGGAUUCUCAGAAGAGGAUAUUUCAGGUACAUUGAAAUAUCAUGUUAAAAUUAGUUAUUGUCUUAAAUAUGAUUUAUCCUAUUUUUGUUUAGUGGUGUUGAGUUCAGCCCUUUCAGUAGCAUCAUCCACAAUUGAAAUGUCAGCUCUUUGAAACCCAAGCUAUCAGCUUGGAAACUCCUCGUAUAGGUUUCAAGACAGACAUGGUAGUUUUGUGGAAAAGUUAUGAUUCACCUUGAGACCCAAAAUUCUGGUUAUAUUGCCAGAAAUCAUUCCUUGUUUGCAGUAGUAGCUAUUGAAGGGACUGACUAAUGUUCUGAAGGAAACUGUUUUAUUCUCAUAAUUUUUAUUAUGUGCCCAGUGGUUAUUAGUUAGGCAUUAAUUCUUCCCCUAUUUCCAAUUUUUUUUCUUUAUUUAAAUGCUCUACAAUCAGCACAGUGGCAACUACUGGUUGGGUUUUAACUACAUUGAUACAUAACCCCACAGAUUCCUAUCUGUGAUUUUAGCCUUAAAAGAUAUUACCAUGCAGUGGCCCUACAGCUAGCAUGUCAACAGAGGCUAAUAUAUUGUGAUAUUGGGUGAGACUUGUACUUCACUGGGCUUAUCUUAACCCAGUGUUGGAAAUGAGAACAAGGUUGCUGUUAACCCUAUAACUCCCAGAGGUGAUUAACAUGUAAAUUCUCCCUUUAGUAUCCAACAUAAUCCAGCAAGAAGGUAACAAGAAUACUGAAACUACCCAGGUAGAAGUUGUUGUCUUGAUCUAACAUCAAAUUCGUUCAACUAAUUUACAAGGAAAUGUUUCACAGGUUGAGGUGAGAAUUUACAAUCAAAUCAUGGGAGUUAAAUGGUUGAGAAGAUCUAUUAAAUCCUGGGGUGGAGCAGGGGGAAGAGGUGAUAACUUGUACUGGGCCAAACAUCUCUAAGAAAAUGGGAUAGGUAGGGAAAAUAACUGUUAAUAUAUACAUUAAAGAAUAACAGAAAGGAAAUGACUUCCGUAAUAGAUAUUAUUCAUUUCAUUCAUUGCAGCAAUUACAGGGAGUGCUGAGGAAGAUACCACAGCAGCAACAAUAACAGUGGAUGAGAACAGGACUGAGGAAGAACGGGUAAGUUCAGCAAGUCCACUAUACAGUCCACCUUCCAGCCCUGCUGUGUACAUUCAACCGGGGGGAGAAGUUCAAUUUACCAAGGAAAAGUCACCUGGUAAAGAGAAUCAAGGGAAUUGAAUUAGAAUUGUUGAAAUAAUUUUAUCAAAAACAGAGAGACAGUGAGACAGUGAGACAGUGAGACAGUGAGACAGUGAGACAGUGAGACAGUGAGACAGUGAGACAGUGAGACAGUGAGACAGUGAGACAGUGAGACAGUGAGACAGUGAGACAGUGAGACAGUGAGACAGUGAGACAGUGAGACAGUGAGACAGUGAGACAGUGAGACAGUGAGACAGUCUAGACUUCAAAUUGAUCAUAAGAGAAGAUAGAAGUUCAUUUUGUCACACAGCAAAACAGGGUUGCAAUGUAGGCUCUUUUCUGUAUUUACAUUAUUUGAUCAUGUUAUAAGUGCUUUUUAUGCAAACAAUUAGAAAUAAUUUUUAGUAGAAUUUUGUAGGAUUGAUAACUAUUGUGGUUUUUUCAAUAUUAAUUUUCCAUCAUUGGUGUCAUGUAUAUCUUUUGUUACUUUUGAUUUGACUGUGUGUUGGAGUGAAGAUACUGUACUUGUUGUUGUAGUUUAGUGAGACCACGCAGGUAAAAUGAUGGAACUAUAUGUAGAUGAGCUAGGGGUGCUUUUAGACAGAAGUUCUUUGCUAUUGUUAACCUUCUGCUAUACUCACUUUGUAUGGCUUUAGUACUCAGAACCGAGAAUGGAAAUUUAAACAGAGUAGGAUUCUCUGGUUGUGUACUUUGAUUAAGUAGUAUUUUUUAAGGCGUCACAAAUUGAAUAUUGUAGUACAGGAAAAAUGUGCUUUCUUUUGGUCUCACUGAGUGCCAGAGUGAUUUCUCUGAAUUGAUUUUUAUUUUCUAAGCAGGUAACACUGAUUUUAUCAAUUUGGUAAUUGAAAUGGGAUAAUUAACCUCAUUAGUAACCUUGUAUACCCUAACAUAAGUAUGCAUAUUCUCUAUACAUUUCCUUUGGUUUGACUAAGAGAGUUGGUUCAAAAAUCAAGUGCUUCUUAAGUUGGUGAUCAUUUCUUUGAGUCUCAAGAACUUAAUGUUUCGUUCAGGGAUGAUCCUGUAUGGAGAAAUUAGAUGCUAGUCACUCUAAGCAGUGGAAGGGUUAGGUGGAAAUCUGACUUAAAAAGUUUGGGCAUAAUACUAAAUUCUUGUUCUAUUACUAAAGCUUUAAGAAAUCCACUUUCCUAAUUACAAGAAUUUAAUUUCAUGAUUAAGGUUAAUGUGCACAUAAUCGAUGAUGAUCAUUAAUUGCUAAUAGUAACUAAUCAGUUAUCAGUAGUUAGUGGCAAACCUAAUUUCACUUUUAGUUAUUUGUGUGUUUUGUAAAUGAGUGAAUCUUUCAUAAUAAAGUGUAAGUGCUUUUAAUUCUUAGUUGAUUUUGUACUGAUUGCUAUUGACUUUUUAAUGAUUGCAUGUGUCAGAUUAAUUUUUGUCUAUGUAUUUGAGUCUUGUGGAGUGAAGCAAUGCAUGCAAGGAAAGUGAUUAAAUUAGCCUCUUGACUCCUGAUACCACUUUCCCUGGCAAUACCCACAGGGAACCCACACAAAUUAUUUUGCAGUUUAUGUGGGAUCUUUGUGAUUAUACCCAGGCAAUGUGAUGGACCACAAUAUCUGCUUUGUUUUGAGAAAAUCAAUCCUUAAAAUGUGCUCUUUAGACUACUCUAACCCAUACUCUCAUUUCCAUGGUCAAUACUUGAGUGGUACUACUUUAGGUGGCUCUGUAGGCAUGAUCUGGAUCAAGAUCAGUGAUCCUUGACAACGUAGAUAAGGUUCAUUAAAAAAGCAUGAUGAGGACUAUUGGUGCAUGCAUUCAUAAGUAUCUUAGAUCCCCUUGAUCAUGUGGUUGGUCUUGGAUUAGUAAUCCAGAUCUGGAUCACCAAAAAAAUAAAAAGGUAAACUUACUUUAUAAACUCAAGUCAACAUGCGUAGAAACAAGCAAAGACAAACUCCAUAUCACACUGUAUUGUAUAAACACCAAUGAAAUACCAAGUGAUGCCAAAACAUGAUAUCUUCACAGGUGAAGAUGACAUGUUAUCUUUACCCAUAAAAGAUCACUGUUGCUAUGGUUACAUUUAAAAGAUUGCACCUUUUUAUGCAGCACCUUUGAUUUAGUAUUUCAUCGGUGUUUAUAUAAUAAAUAGGAUAUUACAUGGCCACUUGGAGAUACAAAAUUCCUCUUCCUGUUUUGAAAAACAUUUCACUUGUUUCACACUUGAGAAAUGUUACAUCUCUGCACGGCCAUUUAAUGUCCUUUAUAUUUCUGUAUUCAGGCACAACCUGGAAAACUUGGUUGAGCAAAUGAACUAAUGCCUUUUGGAUAGAUUUCCCAGUAAAUGGAUUAAAAGGCAAAGACAUGGUUUGUUCUGCUAGUCCAAGAGGGUGAUUUCCCCCAACAAACAGUGCAUUUAUAUAAUUUUGCUGAGGGAACUCUGAAGGUUUGGAUUUAUUUCAAAAAUAAGAUGAGAAGUCAUUGUCAUACAAUAAAAUGCAAAAUAUGUUUUAGCUUGCAUAGCUAACAGGUCUUUGGAUGCCUCAUUAAAAUCAAAGUGGCGAAGCUUCUAAAACGACAUGCAAGGCUUGGAGUUUGGAUAUAUUAAUUUCUUCCAUUUAAGCCUCUUAUGGCUUCACCACACCAUACUUUAAGGCAUGCCAAACUGCCAGCUAUGCAGGCUACAAUUGAAAUUCACUCCUUCAUGCAAUGUACUGUGAAGCAAGGCAAGUGAUUUCACUGCAGUUGUUUAACCAUUUCUCUUCUAGAACUAAUGUAAAAUGAUGUGUACCAUUGUAUCCUCUUGAUACAUUCAGUUUACAAGCUCUAUGUGUGUAACAUAUUUACAGUGUGCUUCAAUGUAUUUUUUUUGCAGUUAAAAGAAUCCAAACCCAAGAUUUCUGAACAAACAAUUGUUGUUGAUGAGUCUGCUAAAAUGUUUUUAGAGGAAUUGGUGACUGAUGUAUGUAAAUCUUUAAAUGAAACAAAAGAGGAACACGAGGAAAUAAAGAAAGACUGGAAAAUUGAAAGUAAGGCUUAAUAAUUUCUUAAUAUGGUGGCUUAUUAAACCAUGAAGGGUUUGUUUAUUUGUUUUUAUUUUUACUACUCAUUGACUCCUUGGGAUGUUGUCCUUUUCUCAAAAUGGCAGUUGUGAUUUCUUUAGUCUUGGUUUUGCAACAAAAAACACACCAUUCUACAAAGAAAUUACCUUUUGCUUACUUAAGCUAACAGAACAUUUUGUUAAACAUGAUUUAAAACCUAACAGAAGAAGCAGAAGAACAACCAGAUGACAUUGCAAGCUCUGAUACAUCAUGCUGUGAUGAUGCAGAAGAAAAUAUGUUGUCUGAUGAGGCAUUGGAUAAGUUGGAUAAAGAGCUUGAAGGAGAAAGUCCAGAUGGAAGGGACCUUGAUGACACUAACAUGCGUGUUUUGGUAAGUGAAGUUGUUGGCCCUGACAUGCAUGAGUGGUUAGUAGUGGUCUCUGAAUCGAUUACUGAGUUUAUGCUCAUAUGGAGCAGUUUUGCCAAGAUAAACCCAGCUACUGGUAAUUUGUUGAAUAAUGAUAACUGCAAGAAGUUACAAUCAUGUACACUGGUAGAUAAACUGUCCACAUAAUAAAACUUUUUGAGAGUUGUUCCACAGUUAAAAAAAAUGUAUACAAUAAUUCCAUGGUGAAGUUCAGAGUUUUUUUAGGUAAAGGAAUGAGUAUUCAGUAUCACCAAAACUAUAUGAACCUUACAAGCCUGUUGCAUUGUUGUGUAAAUUGUCUUUACUUGAUGGGGCAACUUUUCAUGUAAACAAUAAUUGCCAGCUGCAACACAAUAUCACACUUAGUAUCUGAACAGCCUCAACUGAAAGUCAAUAAAACAGAAAAGGGAAAGGGUCUUUCUACAAAAGCUCAGGCAAGGAAAAUCAAGGGGUCGUUCUUGCUCUGAGCCUUUCAAUUAUGGUACACCCAUAAAAUGGUUCCUCCUCCAAAUAAGAUUCUGAGUGUCGGUUUUGAUGGAUAAGGGAAGGAAAGCCUUGAGAAAAACCCUCAUGUAAGGACUAGAACAGGAACAAAUGCAACUCCAGUGUUAGGCCUGGUUUGGAAAUUAAACUUGAGCCAUGUCUGUGGAAGGCCAGUCCACUCACCACUUUCCCUAAUUAGAAUGAGAGGGUAUGCAAACACCCAACCCUUAAACUCCCAGAUCUCAUUAGUAAUUCUCCUUCCUGUCUGCUGUACAAAUUUCAUGAUGUUAGUUGGGAGAAUUUGGUAUUGGAUCAACUAAUAGUCCCCUGAUUGACAUUUUUCUUUGUUCUCAAUGCUUGUCUGCUUGAUAGGAAACUGAUCAGGAAACUGACACUCAUGGGAGUUAAGAUGACAGGUUAGCAUAAGCCCAUGAAGAAAAUGAAGCAGGAGACAGCAUAACUGAUGAAUGGAAAGUUAUUUAUCAUAGUUAGUUAAGCUUAAGUUUAGUUGCUUUUUUGAUAUACAAGAAAAUGAUAUUACAUAUAAUAUUUGGAAUUUUUUUUCAGUGAUAAUUUGUUGCUGAUGUUUUCAGAUCUCUAAAUAUCAGUAAUUGUGAUUUACAUCUUAUUGGCAUUUAUGUGUGUCCUCAAGAUGACAAUUUUUCAAAUAGUUUGUAAAAUUGUUCAUGUUUAAAAUCUUUUUUAGGACAACUAACAGGCAAAACACUUUUUUCCUGCAUGGUUGCAAUCAAUCAGUGGUAUUAUUGGGCACUGUUUUGAGAAUAUUGAACUCUUUUCUAAAGGGUUAAAGGAAUCAUUCAUAUCUGCUUCCUUUGCAAUUUUCAUGCUCUAACGACACUGUUUUGAUAACAGGUAAUCAUUAAGACAAUAUUAUUUUGUUCUGAUGUCCAUCAACCUUUCACAUUAGGAGAUUCAGACAAAGAGAUAUUUUAAAGGACUAAGUUCUUGCUUACACUAGGGAGUAUUAUUUAUAGAGGAUAAUGCGCUGUGCUAUCUCAUGGGAUCUCUAUGCCUCUGGUCAUGUGAUAGAAUAUAUUUUUUUCUUCAGAGAUCUUCAUUUUAAAUGUAAUAGAUCAUGUCUUGAAAGAUUAACCCUUUGACUCCCAUUAGUGAUCAAGACAGAAUUUCUCCUUACUUUAUCUAUACAAUAUCAUACAAACAAGUGAUGAGAAUAAAGAAAAAUAUCAAUUAUGGGAUUACUUAUUGAUCUGAUACCAAAUUUUCCAAACUAACAUGAUAGGAAUCAUUUGGCAGACAGUAAGAAGAAUUAGAAAUGAGAUCUUAGGAGUUAAUGGGUUAACAAAGAUUCAGAUUACACAGUAAACCAUUGAUAAAUUUCCUUGAAUUGGAGAUGUUGUCUUGAGUUAAAGUCUGGGUAAGAGUUUGUUGAUUCCUUCUUUUAGGUAUUAUUUAAAAUGGAAUCUUUUUUAACCCUUCAACUCCCAGAUCAAAUUUGUAAUUCUCCUUACUGUCAACCAUAUAAUUCUUAUAUUAUUCAGAGAAUUUAGUAUUGGAUCAACUAAUCCCCAAAUUGAUAUUUUUCUUUAUUCUCAUUACUUAUCUGGUUGAUAUUGUAUUGAUAUUGUAAGGAGAAAUUCUGUCUUGGUCAUUCAUGGGAGUUAAAGGGUUAAUAGCAUGUAUUUGCUAAUGCCUUUCUUGGGAUAAAUGCAGUGGUGUUUUCUACCAUUUCAGAGUAAAUGACUUUCAAGUGAUGAAAUUAACAGCAAGUAUCUAUUUGUUUGGGCUCAUAUGCUUCCAUUUUGUUUUAUGGGAAAGCAUGAUGUACACACAUUGUAUUCUCCCCCUAACAGAGUUUCCCUUUUACAAGAUCUAAGUUUCAAAAAAAAGAAAAAAAAAACACACUUUCUUGGCAUUAUUGGCUAAGAGUGAUUUGUUUGUUUAAGGAACUUCAAAACUACACAGUUGUAGUUGCCAUGAUUACCAUGAUCAUUUAGUUUCACAAAACCAGAUGUUUGGUUGUUAUUGUUGGAAUGCCUAUAAGAUUGAGAGUAUUGAGGUAGUAUUAUAUUUUUAACAUAUUUAGAUAUAAUGAUUGAGAAAAGUGCUCUAGUUUGAUUGCACCAGUUUGAUCCAGAAAAUAUAUCAUUGAUAAUUGAAGAGGUA